CUAACUGGUCAAGUUGAAACGAACAAGAAGAUCAUAGUCCGAAUGGACGAUGUGAUUCUUGAUAAAGCUUCCAAGCACUCCAUCGAGGAGACUAGAAGAAUGUUUGAGGAAUAUGCAGAUUUAGACACUUUUAACGAAGCUAAAGAUGAGAUUUGGGCUAAAAUUAGUUAUUUACAAAAAAUUGCAAAGCAACUUAGUGACAAGCAGGUUGAUAUUCAGGAGGAAGUCUCCAUGAACACUCAAGAUAUAGUUUCCCAGCUCAAGACUAAGAUUAAGAGGGAGCUAUUUGAGGUAAAUGGUAUCAGACCUGUUGAUGAGAAGGAAUUCGAAGCAAAAUUACAACUCAAGGCUAGUCUUCAAGAUAUUGAGCAUCUAGCAACCCUUAAAAUUGACAGCCAGGAUCACUUCUUGCUCAAGGACUAUUGAAUGAAUUUAAAAAGUCAGCUUGAUCAGGUUAUUUAUGUAUUCUGAAAUUACUUGAAACAAGUUGAAGAAAUGCCUCAGAAGCAGUCUAAAUUUGCAUCAGAGUUUAAAUGCCAGCUAGACACGAUUCAUCAGAGCCUUAAACGGUACAACACUCGAUUUAAGCAGAAAUGAGAUAAUGACAUUCUAGCUUCUCACAGACGGGUUUCUUCAGAGCAUCCAAGCCUUUCCAUUAGUACGAUAGAUAUGAGAAACUCUCGAGUGCCCAGAAGGCAUAAGAAGCUGAAUCUUAGCUUAAAGAGAAGCAGAAUAUAUAGCCAUAUUAAGGUGAAUGAUAGUGCAAGGAAAACACGUAAUCGGCAUGAACUCCCUGAGGUAUUUGAGAGUAUAUUCUCUGUCUAAAGUUAUGCACUUUUUGGAGCACCCCAUCUUGGUUCGUAUGCUUAUAAGCUACCAUUGACAGGGAGAUUCCACAAGCUUCAUUUUGCAAGGAAGUGAUAUUU